CUGGACCUGGACUGGGAAUACCCCGGCUCCAGGGGCAGCCCUGCCCAGGACAAGUCUCUCUUCACCGUGCUGGUUAAGGAGCUGCUGGCAGCCUUCGAGCAGGAAGCCAGGCAGACCAACAGGCCCCGGCUCAUGGUCACCGCCGCUGUCGCUGCCGGGCUUUCCACCAUCCAGUCUGGCUACGAGAUCGCCGAGCUGGGCAAGUACCUGGAUUACUUCCACGUCAUGACCUACGACUUCCACGGCUCCUGGGAGAGGAACACUGGCGAGAACAGCCCCCUGUUCGCCGGCCCUGCCGACAGCGGCGACUACAAAUACUUCAACGUUGAAUACGCCAUGAACUAUUGGAAGAGCAAUGGUGCCCCAGCUGAGAAGCUCCUGGUGGGAUUCCCAACCUAUGGAAAGAGCUUCACCCUGCAGAACCCAUCUGACACCUCUGUUGGAGCUCCAGCAUCCGGCCCUGGCCCCGCUGGGCCCUACACCAGGGAGGCUGGAACUCUGGCUUACUACGAGAUCUGCUCUCUGCUGAGCUCUGGAGCCACCCAGGCUUGGGACGAACCCCAGGAUGUCCCCUACGCCUACAAGGGCAGCGAGUGGGUCGGCUACGACAACGUCAAGAGCUUUGGCCUCAAGGUGGACUGGCUGAAGAAGAACAACUUUGGAGGAGCCAUGGUGUGGGCCCUGGACAUGGAUGACUUCACUGGGGAAUUCUGCAAGGAAGGCAAAUACCCCCUGAUCUCCAGCCUGAAGAAGGGCCUGGGGCUGCAGAGCGGAGGUGAGUGGCUCCAGGAGAGCAGGAGCAGCUCCUUGAUGGAGACUCCCAAAAUUCCUGUGCAGGUGUGGGAGGGACAAAACAUUUUCAACCCUUUUCCCACCUGAAUUCCAGACUGUAUUCCCAUUUGAAGUUCCCACCUCCCA